GCUCUCGCUGUUGUACUGAGAAGAUCGUAAGAUUUUACAUUGCCAACUUUCGAAAUGUCCGCUGUUGCUACCGCUCCCGCCGCUACUGCAGAUGCCCCUACCAAGACAACUACCAAAGCACCCAAGAAGAAGGCUGCCGUUAAAGCUAAAGUUGCAGCUGCACAUCCACAGUAUAAAGUAAUGGUUGCUGCCGCCAUCUCAGCAUUGAAAGAACGCGGUGGUUCAUCUCGUCAAGCCAUCUUGAAGUACAUUGUAGCGAACUACAAAGUUGGCGAUAACCAGACCGCUGUCAAUGCUCGUGUGAAAUCUGCACUUAAAGCUGGUGUUAAAGCCGGAGGGUUGAAACAAUCUAAAGGGACUGGAGCUGCAGGCUCAUUCCGUCUAGGUGAGAAAAAAGAAGAGAAGAAACCUAAGGCCAAGAAAGUAGCAGAGAAGAAACCCAAGUCUCCUAAGAAAGCAGCCAAACCUGAGAAAGCAGCAACUGGUGUCAAGAAGCCUAAAUCUCCCAAGAAAACUGCCGUGAAGAAACCAUCCACCAAGAAGCCAGCAGCUGCUAAACCCAAGAAAGCCAACUCUCCCAAAAAAGCUGCACCAGCCAAACCUAAAGUAGCCAAACCUAAAGUUGCAGCAAAGAAGCCAACUGUGGCCAAAAAGGCUAAAACUCCCAAGAAAGCUGCAGCAGCCAAAAAAUAAAGCACUUGCACUUCCAAGCCACUUAUAACUGGUCCUUCUCAGGACCACCCCUUUGUUCCAGAGGAUAAUUUUCAAGACUAUAACUAUAACCAAUAUUUCCCAUUAUCUACUCUUUCUUAGCUGUCCUGCUAUA